UUUUUUUUUUAACUAUAAAAAUAUGGAAACUAUCAAAACCCUUAUCAGAUUGUCUCCCCAUUGUAAUAUGGCACAAAGAUAUACUCAUAUAAAUGUAAAAAAUCCCAUAGUUGAACUUGAUGGUGAUGAAAUGACAAAAAUUAUAUGGAAAUCAAUUAAAGAUAAACUUAUAUUCCCCAAUCUAUCACUUAAAUGUGAAUAUUUUGACCUAGGAUUAGAAAAUCGGGACAAAACCAAUGAUCAAGUUACUAUUGAUGCUGCUGAGGCAAUUAAAAAAUAUAAUGUUGGUAUUAAAUGUGCGACAAUUACACCAGACGAAGAUAGAGUUAAAGAAUUUAAAUUAAAAAAAAUGUGGCCAAGUCCUAAUGGAACUAUAAGAAAUAUUAUUGGAGGCACUGUUUUUAGAGAACCUAUUAUUUGUAAAAACAUUCCUAGACUUGUUUCAGGGUGGAACAAGCCAAUUGUUAUUGGAAGACAUGCAUUUGGUGACCAGUAUAAAGCUACUGAUUUGGUAAUAUUAGAACCUGGUACAUUGGAACUGGUAUUUACUCCUGAUAAAUCGAAAAAACCUGAGAAAUAUAAAGUAUUUUCAUUUAACGGAAAAGGAGUUGGCUUAGCUAUGUACAAUACAGAUGAGAGUAUUCGCAGCUUUGCACAUUCAAGCUUUCAAUAUGCCUUAUCUAAGAAAUGGCCUUUGUAUAUGAGUACCAAAAAUACUAUUCUGAAAAAAUAUGAUGGAAGAUUUAAAGAUAUUUUUCAAGAAAUAUAUGAAAAAGACUAUCAUGCAUCUUUCCAAUCGGCCGGUAUCUGGUAUGAACAUCGUUUAAUAGAUGACAUGGUAGCUCAGGCUAUAAAAUCUUCUGGAGGGUUUGUAUGGGCUUGUAAGAACUAUGACGGUGACGUGCAAUCAGACGUGGUCGCCCAAGGGUUUGGCUCGCUUGGCCUCAUGACCUCUUUAUUGCUGGCACCUGACGGGAGAACUGUCGAAUCUGAAGCGGCCCACGGAACAGUAACCAGGCAUUACCGGGAACAUCAGAAGGGUAAUCCAACUAGCACUAAUCCAAUAGCAAGCAUAUUCGCUUGGACGAAAGGUCUAGAACACCGUGCAAAAUUGGAUGGCAAUGAUAAGCUAAAAAAAUUUUGUGAAACUUUAGAAAAGGCAUCUAUAGGAACUAUAGAAUCGGGAAAAUACACCAAAGAUUUAGCAAUAUGUGUUAAAGGAGACAUAAAAAAAGUCAAUUCUAAUGAUUAUUUGACUACAAACGAUUUUUUGACUGAAAUCAAGAAAAAUCUGGAUCAUAUGCUGAAGACAACAACCUAAUGAUUACCCAAGAUCAAAUAUUUUUUAAUAUACUCAAUAGUAAUCAUUUUUAUGGUUCUGGCAUUAUUUUUAAAAAUUAUACAAUAUGAAAUAUAUAAAAUUUAAUCAUGUUUGGCGAAUGGUAUUAUUAUAAUGAUUGACGA